AAUUACGGUUUGCUUUACUGUACAUUUUAAUCUAUAUUUAUCUAGAUUUGAUAAACAAUUCAAAUAGAUAUGAAAGAUAUUUUAUUCGUAAAAUAAAUACAUAUAACUUUUAACUAGGAUACAACGUCAAGAUAUAUGUGUAUAGUUUAACUUGCCAACUUAAAUUAUCCUACUGCCGUUAUGAAUGAAGUUGCUUAUUCUUACUGAACUAUACGUUAUUAUUAAUUCAAGUUAAAGCUAUCGUUUGCUUUAUGUCUUUAAAACUCUUAUCAGUAUGGAAAACACUAGCAGAGCCUCGUCCCCACAUGUCCCUCAUUAAGCACGAACCCUCAAUUGUUCUGGCAAAUUUUUACAUACAAUGUUAUCACUACACAGGCAACUGGUGAUCGACUGUUAGUUGGGGCAAUAGAUUUUGGAACGUCAUUUUCUGGUUGGGCAUUCUCUUUUAAACAUGAAAAUGAAAGAAGUCCCCCAGGUGCAACCGUUAAAAUUUGGAAUGCAGGAACGAUAACCACAGAGAAAACUCCGACGUGUUUAUUGCUGAAAGCGGACGGAACAUUUGAUUCAUUUGGCUAUGAUGCUGAAAAAAGAUAUGGAGAGCUCUCGGCCCAACAUCUACACUCGGAAUACUUCUUCUUCAGGCAGUUUAAAAUGAAGCCCUUUGAACCGUUUGGAAAGGGUAUUAAAAGAGAUAUGAUGAUACGUGAUGAGAUUGGAAAGCAGUUUCUAGCCAUAGAUGUGUUUGCAAUAUCGAUAAAAUACCUGGUAGAGAAUUUGAUGAAAAUUGUUAAUCAGCGAUUAGUAGGUAAAUUGUUACCCACUGAUAUCGGCUUGGUAUUAACAGCUCCUGCAAUAUGGUCAGAUGCAUCGAAACAGUUUAUGAGGGAGGCAGCGAUAAAAGCUGGCAUUGACAAUGACAAUCUUAGAAUCGCUCUGGAACCUGAAGCUGCUUCAAUAUAUUGCCGCCAUUUACCAUUAGAUGCACAAACUAGUGAGACUGAUCUAGCAAUAUCAAAUCUUCCCAUUGGUACCAAAUAUAUGGUUCUAGACGCAGGAGGUGGUACAAUCGAUAUCACAGUACACGAGGUACAAGAAUCUAACACGCUAAGGGAAGUAAGAGCAGCGAAUGGCGGUGCUUGGGGUGGAACAUUGGUGAACAAAGCAUUUGAGGAUUUCCUAAGGGAAAUUGUUGGUGAUAUGGUGAUCGAGUCUUUUAAAAUGAAAGAUACUGAAGAUUGGCUUUACAUGUCACUUCAAUUUGAAGCAAAGAAGAGACAGAUAGAAAUCAAAUCGCCUAGGUACAUCACCUUUCGUUUACCAUUAUCUCUGAUUGAAUUAUGUGAAAGGUUAAAUGGAAUGCAUAUUCGGGAUGCAGUUGCUGCCUCAAAGUAUGCUGAAAUAGUUGAUAUAGUCCGUGAUAAACUUAAACUCUCAAAAGUUGUUUUUUUCUAUAUGUUUGGUCAAACAUUACAAAGAACAGUUGAUCAUGUUAAGUUUUUAUUUAGAGAAACAACCAUUAGAGAAGUUGAUAUCAUUCUCAUGGUUGGUGGGUUUUCAGAAUCACAACUGCUGCAGCAAACUUUGAAAGAAGCAUUUCCGAAUAAAGAAAUAGUGGUUCCAUUUAACCCUUCAUCGUGUGUACUUAGAGGUGCCUUGAUGUAUGGUCAUACACCUUUGACGAUUAAUGGCAGAAUUCUAAAGUAUAAAUAUGGCGUAGAUUCAUGUAUAGACUUUAAAGAAGCUCAUCACCCAGAUAAGAAGAAAAUAAAUACGGAUGCCGGGCUUUGCUGUAAAGAUAAUUUUAUAAUAUUUCUGGCGAAAAAUACCGUUGUUAAAUCAAAUGAUACGAACAUCAAAAAACAAUUUACGACAGUUAAAAAGUAUCAAAAAGCAAUGGCUUUUAAUUGUUUCCUAUCAGAGAAGACAAAUCCAAGUUAUGUUGAUGAAGAUGGAUGUUUAAAAAUAGGAAAAAUUCAAAUAUAUCUUGACAAUCCUGACGACAGAUUAGACCGCACUGUUAGUGUCUCGAUGGCUUUUGGUGAUACAUAAAUUACGGUGGAUGCAGAGGAUAAAAGAACCGGGAAUAAAACAAGAGCAGUUAUCGAUUUUCUAGGAUAAAGCCGCAAUGUAAAUAAAAAAAUGAUACAACAUUCGUUGAAACCUAGAGCAAGGAAAAUGUGUAUAAUGAUAAGAAUACAUAUUUGACUUUCAAGGAUAUCAAAUAUAUUUUUCUUAUAUCAAUUCAUGGCAAGUUUUUCACGUGGCAUGCUAUGUUACGCCGCGAAAACUUUUUCUAACUCUCUAGAAUUAAAUCUUUUACUUAAACGUAGCUAGAAAAUAAUGAUAGUCAUAUUAUAAAAAAGAAAAUAAAUCUGUCUACUUUGAAAAUGUACGAGGGUUGUUCGGGAAGUUCUGGGAAUUUUGUCACAUCUCCUAUAUUUUUUGUUUCUAAGACGUAAUAUUUUGCACAUACUAAGAUUAGCAUAUCACGGAACUAUUCCUAAAAAUUGAAUAGAAUCAGACAACAAUAGCCGGAAAUAGCAGUAACCAUAGCAACACUAUAACGCCGCACCGGAGCAGUCCGACUCUAAAGAAAGUUAAAACGCGCUACACUAAUAAUAUUUCGUAAUUUUGAUAACGUAAAAAAUGCGCGAAAACGCUGGUCAGCAGCAAAACGUCAUGACGUCAUUUCCUGAAAAUAUCAUUACGAUAUUUUAAUUCUCAACGGAUCAACAUCGUUUUAAAGUUGUUGCCCAGAGCCACUGAGUAAACAACAUGACGUCGAUAGGUAACGUUGAAUUGCAAAGCAUCGUGAAAUUUUGUGUUGCGCUGGAAAAGUCUUCCACAGAAACAAUGAAAAUGAUCAAUUCUACAGGAAAAUACAAGAAAUGCAGUCCGGCUACAGUUAGAGAUCAGCCUCUUGGGGUUUAAGAUCUUAGAGCACCCUCCAUACAGCCCGGACCUCGCUCCGAUGGACUUCCGUGUGUUCCCGGAGCUCAAAUCACAGCUGCGUGGAAAACGCUUUGACUCAGCUGACGAUCUUGUUAAGCAUACGCAAGCUAUAGUCUCGUCCUUUACUGAUAGCUGGUACGUGGAAACAUACAAUUAGUGGAUCAGCCGAGACAGGAAAUGCAUUGAAAGUGCAGGUGACUACGUUGAAAAGGUGCGACGAUCGAUGGACUUUAACGUCGCAUAACGUUGCAAAUGACUUCGGCGUGAUCCGGGUGUUUGUUAUAUGGUUAUUUACUAUCUUUAUUAUGUUUUAGUUUCUGUGUGUAUGAUGAUGAUAUUUUCAGAUACUGUACAGUAUAUAUUAAAAUAAAUGCGUAUAUAUUUAUAUUUACGCUAACCCGACUACAACGUGUGCUAUAAAACAAUUCUCAGAACUUCCCGAACAACCCUCGUAUAGUUCAUCGUUACAUACAAACAUUUGUUUACAUACAUUAAUUUGAUUAAAUGUGACAUUGAUACAUAACAUGGUAUUAUUAAUUUCAUAUAUUUGUUAACAUACAAAUAUAUAUAUACAGGUAUUUUGCUGUGAUUAAAAAUAAUAUAUUCCAAUGUAAUUUUCUUUAAGAUAUCCAUCUUUAAUGAAUAACUUUGAAAAUCAAAUGCAUUUUUACAAUAAAUUGCUAAUCUGUUUAAAAUAUUUAAACUUGCAGAAUUUUACUACUUAAUAAAUUUUAACAUACUAAGGCGUGUAUGAUUUUUUUUGGAAUUAAAUGUAUUCUCAUUGUAGUAAAAGCUUUAUCAUUACACUGAUAUAGCUGGCAGUUCUUAUUAUUUCUAUCAAUGUUUCAAUAUCUAACAGUUUUAAUAAAAAGUUGAUGAAACGAAAACACGUUAUAUAGGAAGAGUAGAUCUUCAACAUUGAUAUUUCAUCUUUUUAGUUCUUAAUCAAUUUAUAUAUAUAGCUGACACUUUCGGGUUCGAAUUACCAGAUCGUUGAAAAAAUUAAAAAGGGAACAAAAUGUCUAAAGUAAGUAUGAACAACGGUUAAAAGGAUACCAUGAACAUUUAAAGCUACUUGUGUAUAUUUAUGUUAUAAAAACAAAACAUCGCUUUUGGUCCGAGGAUAGCACCAACCAGUCACUGUACUGAAUACACACUGUACCUUAAAACUCUUGACUUUGUGUCAAGUGCCGUGUGGCAGCUGUAAAACGUUGCCCCGUACUUCAGUGUUGUUAUAUUCUGGUCCUUCGGGAUCAUUGAUGUCGGCACGAAUUAAGUACCGCUCAAACCGGUGCUAGGGGCGUGAGGGAUGUUGCACUUAUUCAUUAUCCCUCAUGUACAGACUCAAUCAAACCGAGUCUGCAAUAAUCAUGUAAUUAUGUUGCGAUUAAUUCUUCCGAGGGAUCAAUUUGUUUCCAGAUUUUUACUACUUUGCUCUACCUAUGUUGUGCUUUGUUUCAAAGAUCUCACAUUUCAUAAUCAUGGUGAAACAUUUUCUCCCUGCAGGAAAUAUUGUUAAUCUCAAUCAGCUACCAAGUUUACUAAGCUGAAGGAGAAUCAUGUUUAAAACAGUAAGACCUAUGAGCAGGUUUUACGUUAACAAAAUGUACAAUUCGCAAAAUAAAUUAAUUAUUUGACUUUAAUUUACAUUGUAAUUAUAUGACAUAUGAAGCUUGAUUAAAAUGUCUUCCUGUGUAGCAAAAAUACUUCAACGCAAUAUAACCUCUAGUUUUAAAAAAGGAAUGCCGAACGGUUAGGUUGUCGUUUCUGCGUCAUCUGGAUUUAUGUGACGAUCUUUGUCUUCACGGACAAUCCCCGAUGCUUUUUGAUAGGUUCUACUGAAAAAAAAGAAUGUUGUUUGACUGUUUAUCUAUAGAUAAAAGUUAUUAAAUUGGAGUGCCUCUUAAACAAAAGAUUUUCAUGUUAAACUAUGAAUAUAAUGCUUCAUACAAUUUAAACUUUUAAACUGUUGACUAAAACCUAGCCCUUGCAAACUAAAAUGUCAGAGACGUAGUAUGAUUUUGUCAUCGCCCAUAUCGUGAA